CGGUGCAGCCACGAUGGAAGGGGGUGCGUACGGAGCUGGCAAAGCCGGGGGCGCCUUCGACCCCCAUACCCUGGUCCGACAGCCACACACUAUCUUGCGUGUCGUGUCUUGGGUGUUCUCCAUCGUGGUAUUCGGCUCCAUUGUGAACGAGGGCUACCUCAACAGACCCUCAGAGGGCAAGGAGUUUUGCAUCUACAACCGCAACCCCAAUGCCUGCAGCUACGGUGUGGCGGUGGGCGUGCUUGCCUUCCUCACCUGCCUCCUCUACCUGGCCCUGGACAUCUACUUCCCCCAGAUCAGCAGCGUCAAGGACCGCAAGAAGGCCGUCCUAUCAGACAUCGGCGUCUCGGCAUUCUGGGCCUUCCUCUGGUUCGUGGGCUUCUGCUUCCUGGCAAACCAGUGGCAGGUCUCCAAGCCCAAGGACAACCCGCUGAACGAAGGGACCGACGCAGCCCGGGCUGCCAUUGCCUUCUCCUUCUUCUCCAUCUUCACUUGGUCCUCCCCAGCGGCCUCACCCUGCUCUCUCCGGCAGAGCCUGACCGCAGCCCUGGCCGUGCGCAGAUUCAAGGACCUUACCUUCCAGGAGGAGUACAGCACGCUGUUCCCUGCCUCAGCACAGCCCUAGCCACCCACUGGCCCCAGGGCUUAAGAUUUGCCACUUAUUCCUUUCCUUCAUUUAGUGCCUUCUUCAUUCACUGUGUGUUCAUUCAUUCAGUAAACAUUUAUUGAGCAGCUGUUUUGUGCCUCUGAUGCG